UCGAGGGUGGUAUGUGGUAGUUGCUUUUUGGACGAACGCGUAAGCACUGUUACCAACGGAACGGUUAAGAUAUUUCAGAAGACAAAAAAAAAACACAAUUGGUUACAUGGAGUUACAUCCGAAUUAAAAAAAUAUGUACAUAAAUUAAAAUAUUGAAAUGUGAUAAAAUAUAAUAAAAGAAGAGCAAAAAUAUAAGAAAAAUCAAUUGUAUAUACAGUGUGUUACAAAAAGUGCAGUAGUAAGAAAGGCGUUAAGUCUAUAUACAUAUAAAAUUAUAUACAUCAGCCAUUAAUUGUGUUUUAAGAUUUCUCGUGAUUUGAGCUCCCAGUUUCCUUGUGAAAAUCUGCUGUAGCACAGAAAAAUGGCUAAGAAAAUACCGUUCAGUGUUGUUUUCGCAUCUGAUGAAGACCCCGCCUUUCCGGCUAGCGAGCUCAACACUCACGGUCCGACAGUACAUGGUUGGCGUAGCGCUGCCGGCAGUACAAUCACACCACACGAUAUCGUACUGCGAUUUCACAAGCCAGCCAAAAUAUGUCGCAUACAAAUAUUAGCACAUCAGUUCCUUAUACCGGAGAAAGUUGAGCUGUGGCUGCACUACUCACCCAAAGGCAUACCGAGCACACCAUCCUCACAGUGCUUCGAUUUCCUUGGCUUUGUCGCACUCUCCGACAAUGCGGCCACCAACUACAAAUCGCGCGAACUACAAAGCGUUUCUGUGACUCCACGCCGUGGCACUCAUCUCAAGCUACGUCUAAGUACAGCGCAUCACAACAACUACAAUCCGGAUGGACAAAUAGCGUUGAUUGCAGUUAAUGUGUUGGGUGAAGAGUUGGAGAAAAAUGCAGUUGUUGUAGCAGCAGAUAGCACAGCGCAAGUGGAGGGAUCCGCCAGCAGCAAUGGUAACACGAAUAGCAACGCGCCAACGACUAAUGAAAUAAAUAAUACCGAUUUGGCUUCUGCGAAUGGCGCUACGGCGGAGCCUGCUUUGGUAUCCAUUUGUGACGAUCUACUCUUCUCCAUGUACGUGGAAGAGUCUAUAGCGGAAAUCAUACGUGAGAUGGAGGAGAAGAAAUUGCAAGCCGUCGGCGUGGAGCGUUUUGAAUAUGCACGCAAAUUGAAGUUGUGCAUGACAGCGCUUCGCGCCGCUGGAGAACGUUUAGGUCGUUAUGCAUUGGCUAAGCGUCAGGCAGUGCAGCAAGAGGACUUUACUACGGCAAAAUUGCGCAAAGAACAAAUUGAGAUGUAUAAAACACUUGUGUUGAAACAUUUGUUGGUCACCGAAUUGUUGGAGGCAAACGGCUUUAAUGCCUCCAACGAUAUGGCGAGCGAAGUAUACGCAAGCAAACCAAUACUACCACCAGCGCCAAGUUUGCAAGAUGUCGCACAAGCUCUAGCCGAAGCGCACUAUCAAACAAGCACAAUGAGCCCGAAGAGCGUGCAAGACGAUCGUUCCUCCACAGAUGGAUGUAGUCUGAGUGGUGGAGCAGCGCUUUCGGCGCCUAAUGUUAGUGUAGCGCAAACUAAUACAAACGAUAGUGGUUCACUGCAAGCAAACUCAACGCUACGGAAAUCACACGAUGACAUACCAAUCUCGCCAAAGUUAAGUAAAGGACGCAGUCCCAGUCGUCACAGUUCACCCAUGUCCAGUCGUCAGGGUUCGUUACGUCGUAGAAACAAGAGUGCGCCCCGUAAUUCUUAUGAAGAUUAUGAAGAGCGCGCUGUACCCGCGUUGAGGCAUUCAAAUACUAAUGAAUUUUUAAGGGAAUGCCAAGGUACCGCAUUGCUGGAGGCCGAUCCCAAUCGUGGGCGUUCGCGCUUAAAUGAUCGUGAACGUCGACAGGCUGCACUACCGAUACUGGUGUUUGGAAAUGACAUGGUCGAACAAUUCUAUUCCCGUCAAUUUCAAGAUCGCGAGGAUGGUUUGAUAAGUUUGCGUAAUUUCCUCAAGGGCGUAGACACCGAGCAAACAAAUCCGAAUGCCAAUUCUAAUUGCAAUUCAGGCAGCGAGAAUACCGCCGGUCCUAAUAAAGUGGCACGAAGUGCUGCGUUACUGCUUCACCGCGCCGUACGCGAUGCCGUCUACUCGGUAUUUAGUCAAGCUACUGAAACUGUGCGCGUACUGUUUCUCGAAUAUGUGCCUGGACGUGUAUCACAAAGUGAAGUGGCGCGUUGCGUCGAUCGCUUGUUGCCCGAGCUUUUAGCAAAAUCUGGUGAUCCAUCAGCACGCAUUCAUACUUUGGCUCAACACACAAUACUCAGUAUUGCGGCUUGUCCGGAAGUGAUUGAACAGCAUCUGGUGGCGCCAGCACUUUCACGUAGCGUAAGCUCGGGCACACAUCCGCGUUUGGCCCUGAGUCGCAUGCAAAUGUUGGAGCAGUUGGUACUCAGUCAGGGCAUCGGCACGGACAAGCAUAGUGGUCUGACGUGUCGUGCACUCUCGGAGUGUGGCUGCUCGGGCAUACAUCACCCGGCUGAGCCGGUGCGUAAGGUAGCCGAACGCAUACUGUUGCUGGUGUAUAAGGUGAACCCACGUUUGGUGCGCAAACAGUUGCCACCCGAUGACGAUGUAACUAGACGCAAUUUGUUAUAUCGACAACUGUUCGCCGAAUUUGAUAAAUUAGAUUUAGAGCGUAAGAAGGAUAUGCUGGAGGCAAACAAAUAUUCGUCACACAAUAACAGAGAUCCUAUCUCACCACCACCACAUCGUGGCCGCAAUGAGCUGGAGCACUUACAACAGGCAACAGGUAGUGGUGGCGGCAGUAGUUAUGGUGGCGGCGCCGGAAGUGGAAGUGAUAGUCGCAGCAGUCCUUAUGGUUAUAUGUAUAGCACAAAAUCUCCAGACCCACAAUCGAGUCCAAUGCGUCGUUCGGAGACGCGUAUCUUAAAGAGUAAAAGUGGUCAUGCACUGGGCGGCACAAAUGGUUAUGCGAGCGGUAGCAGUGGCGGUGGUAAUGGAGUUGGUAGUACUGUGAGUGGUAGUGGUGGAAGCGUUGUAGCUACAUUUUCCAACUGCAAUGGCAAGCAACAGUAUAAUGAGCAAUUAAAACGUUCAAUGAUAUCUGCAAGUAACUCGAGGAAAGGCUCAAACUCGAACUCGAAUUCGGAGUCACUGGAGGAACCGCCAGAUUUGAUCCAUUGCCCAUUUUGCAAUUGGUGUUGUAGUAGCAGUGAUCAAACACAGUUGGACCGACAUUACUGGAAGUCUUGUCCUUUCUUAACAAAGUGCCCUCAAUGCAGCCAAGUAUUAGAAGUAGCGGCAUUGAAUUAUCAUCUGACAAAGGAGUGCGAGGCAAAGGAUAGUUAUGUGAUGUGUGAGCGUUGUACAGAAUCCGUGCACAAGCAGCUGUAUGAUCUGCAUCAAAUGGAAGACUAUUGCCGAGAAUUGAAAACAGGUGCUGCUCGCUGCCCACUGUGCCAUGAUGAUGUGCAUCUGCCAUUGGAUGGUGGUUGGAAAUUACAUUUAUUGAGUUCUAUCGGCUGUCCUGGUAACACUAGACGCCGCGCAAAAAAAUCAAACUAAUUAUAAAGUUUAGUGAAUUUUUUAGUAGUGCAUAGUUACAUAUACGUAUCUACUUACAUACAUUCAUAACUACGUAGGAUGAACAUUGAGAAUAAAAUAAACUCUGCUUCAAUGGGAAUUUCGCAGAGAUGACUGCAAGUAUUGUAUUUAGGAAACAAAGAUAAAUAUACGAAAAUAAUACAAAUCUGCAACUUAAAGAGGCGUGGCUUGCAUGACGAAAUAUUUAUUUCGAUUUUUCAUAUUCCAUUGAAUACUUUGAAUGCCUUCAUUAAUCGGAUUUAAUACUCGUUAAAAGAAUAUAAUAAUAAAAUGUGUUAAAACUACCCGAAAUAAAUCGACACAUUAAUACAUACAUACAUACACAUAUACUAAAUAAAUAGAAGCAAACUCACGAACGAACACUGAAAUGAAGAAUUUGUGAAAAAAAUAGUGAAAUUACAUUUUUUGAAAUUAAAAAAAAAAUGUUAUUGAAAAAAAACAUUAUUACUGCUUUUAUAAAAAUAUAUGUACAUAUAUUAACCUUUUUUACCAGCGCACUACUUGCACACAUUUUUUUAUAGUUUAAAAAAAAUAUUAUUUUUAAACUAAAAUAAAAUUAUGUACCUACUCGCUUUUAGAAAUCGAAAUAGAAAAUGUUUAUUGGUUAGCAGCGAACUAGCUAACAUUAAAAUCCUUAAAUUAUACUGUUAUUAUGUAAUUAGUUUAAUUUUGUUAAUUUCGCUUAAGUGAAAUGGUAUUUGUAUUCCUAAUAUGUUAAAUUUGACAUUUAAGAUGUUUUUUUUAUUUCACGUUUGUGAGUGAGACCUACAUUUAAUAAUAAGUUUUUGUAUUACAUAGCAAACGUCCAAAAGAUUAAACAAAAACCCAUCCAUAAAUACACUACAAAAAAACAUUCUAUAUGAAUUAAACUUAGCUACACAAGUGAUGA